AACGUCGAAGGAGCUUUUGAGAAUAAAACCUUGAAUUUUGAGUCGUACAGCCCCAGUUCUGCCAGGAGAAACCCUCGGGGACGAGUGGACGAUCAGAGGGACAAUUUCAGCGACACGUCGAGCAUGAGUGAUUUCAGCAGCGUGAGUCAAACGGCUCCGAGCCGAACGCAGCCCACCCCGUCCUACAGUUCACAGGGUCAGACCCUCGUUUACCCCACCGGACCCGGUCGAGCGCAUAACGGGCGACGAGAGAGUGAUAAACUCAUUAUUAAAGGUGGAAAAAUCGUAAAUGAUGACCAGUCAUUUUAUGCCGACAUUUACAUUGAAGAUGGAACCAUUAAGCAGAUUGGUGAGAACCUCGUUGUACCCACCGGCGUGAAGACAGUGGAUGCCUAUGGGCACAUUGUGAUCCCGGGAGGCAUCGAUGUGAACACCUGUCUACAGGCCCCUCGCCUGGGCAUGACCCCGGCAGACGACUUCUAUCAUGGCACCAGAGCUGCUCUGACGGGAGGAACCACCAUGAUCAUUGACCAUGUUGUGCCUGAACCGGGAGCUAGUUUACUGGCAGCGUAUGACCAGUGGAGGGAUACGGCGGACAAGAGGUCGUGCUGUGAUUACUCUCUGCACAUUGACAUCACUCGCUGGCAUGAUGGGCUGUUUGAGGAGCUGGAGUAUCUGGUCAAAGAUAAAGGGGUCAACUCCUUCCUGAUCUUCAUGGCUUAUAAGGACAAGUAUCAGAGCUCUGAUACACAGAUCUAUGAGAUGUUUAGUGCCAUGAGGGAACUGGGUGCCAUCGCACAGGUUCAUGCUGAAAACGGUGACAUCAUUGAGGAGGAACAGAAGAAGCUUUUGGAUCUGGGAAUCACUGGCCCAGAAGGACACGUCCUGAGCCACCCGGAGGAGGUGGAGACUGAGGCUGUGUAUCGAGCCGUCACCAUUGCUAAACAGGCCAACUGCCCUCUCUAUAUCACAAAGGUGAUGAGCAAACCAGCUGCUGACGUCAUCGCCAAGGCCAGGAAAAAGGGCAUGGUCAUCUAUGGAGAACCAAUCGCAGCCGGCCUGGGCACGGACGGAUCGCACUACUGGAGCAAAAACUGGGCCAAAGCUGCUGCAUUUGUCAUGUCUCCUCCUCUCAGCUCCGACACGAGCACUCCGGAUUACCUCAGCUCACUGCUGUCCUGUGGGGAUCUUCAGGUGACGGCCAGCGCUCACUGCACCUUCACCACGGCACAGAAAGCUGUUGGAAAGGACAACUUCACCCUCAUUCCGGAGGGGACCAACGGCAUCGAGGAGCGUAUGAGCAUCGUCUGGGACAAAGCUGUGGCAACCGGUAAAAUGGACGAGAAUGAUUUUGUUGCAGUAACGAGCACAAAUGCUGCAAAAAUCUUCAACCUGUAUCCUCGGAAAGGCCGAAUCGCUGUAGGAUCGGAUGCUGACAUUGUCAUCUGGAACACCAAGGAGACAAAAACCUUUUCUGCCAAAACUCACAAUCUGACAGUGGAGGUGAAUAUCUUUGAGGGAAUGGAGUGCCGAGGUUUCCCUGUGGUGGUCAUCAGUCAGGGCAGGAUCGUUCUAGAGGACGGGAAACUCAAUGUGACAGAGGGUUCCGGCCGCUUCAUCCCCAGAAAAGCCUAUCCGGACUUUGUCUACAAGAGAAUCAAGGCCCGAGGCAGGAUCUGCACUAGUAGAGUUUGCAAAGUCAUGAUAACAGGGCAAGGUAAAGAGCAUCUGCAUGCUAAAGCUCAGGCGAGGGGGAGCGAGUGUCUGUCAUCGGCUGGGCUUGAUGAGGCUGGACAGCUGGAGAUGUCAUCAGAGCUCAUUCACCCAGAGUUCACAGAGCUUCAGCACAAAGACGACAUGAACAACAAGCAUUUGAUGCUCAAACUUCAUUCAUAUUGGAAGUUUCUUCAGCUGUGCUCAGAACAGAGAGUUGUCUCCGGCGUCCGAGAACAUCACUCUGCCGGCCUCCCAGUCGAGCUGAACCCGAAUCUUCUGAGGUUUCUUCUUGAGCGUCAGAGGAGCGCUGGUGGACGUCCGCGCGCGGUACUCUCCUCCGUACAGGCAGAUGGUCCACAUGCCGCGCUCAGGGCUCGGUGGGAGCCACUCUUUACGCUGCACGCUUUCUUUCACCACCCCCAGCGCCCACUCACUGCAGUCUCCCACCUCCACGUCCCAGCUGUGCCGGCCGGAGCUGAAGCCCUCGGAGCCCAGGACGCAGUCAUAGAAGCAGAAGCGCUCGGGGUUGUCCGGGACCUGCUGCUCUUCUUCGGUGUAGCGGAUGGUGGUGAGGUCGUCGGACAGAGUGACGCAGACGUCUGCGGUGUUGGGGUCGAGGAUCACGUGAGCUGA